ACCAUUUAGACGCGCAUUAUCCACACUGUAACGGCCAUAUUGUGUUGGAAUACAACGAGAGAAACUGGUGGAUUAGAAUCUGGUUAUCUAUCACGCCAUUAAGCAGGAUUUUUAGUUGAGAGUGUUAGAAAAGUAUAGGAUUAUUUGAAAAUUUAGAUUUAAAUGAAGUAGUUUCAAUAUUACUAAUUUUUUACAAAAUUAUUUGUCAAUUUUUCUCUAAUUUGUACACUAAACUGAUACUGGUUAGCUCCACGAGAGAGUUAAAUGAACUAAUACAAUGUACAACAGCAAUAUAGACCCUUGGGAGCCAGGUUAUGGACCAGAACGCAGGAGCCACAAUUCAGAGUAUUCAGAAUAUCGUAAUGAGUAUCGUAGCAGUAAAUCACCAGAUUAUGGAGAUGUAGAACAUCGUGAAAAGGAUCGCCGGAGUCCAGAAUAUAGAAAUCAUCGACGUGAGAGAGACAGAGAUCGUGAUCGUUCACGAGAACGCAGAGAUCGUAGUAGAGAAGAUCGUGAUCGUAGUUACAGGGACAGGGAUGAACGUUACAGCCGUCAAAGAGAUCGCGACUCUUCUGAUAGAGAACGUGAUAGGGAUCGUGAUCGCGAUCGUUCUAGACGCGAUAGAGACCGUGAUAGAGAUCGGGAUAGACGUGGUAAGCGUGAUGAUCGUGAUCGUGAACGCGAUGACGAUCAUAGUAGAGAGAGUUUGGACAUUGAACACGAUCAUGGUCGUUCUUAUGGUUCGUCUAUGGAGGGUGUCCACUACAAGUCACAGACCCCGAACAACACCAUUAUGAUUCGGGGCCUCGCGCAGCAUAUUACCGAGAACGACGUGCGGCAAGACAUCCUCAACUGUGGUCUCAUGCCUAAGGACAUUCGAUUAAUCCGGAAAAAGGACACAGGUGCUUCGCGAGGUUUCGCAUUCGUCGAGUUUAACGCGACUCAGGAGGCCGCACGAUGGAUGGAGAUGAAACAGGGGGUUUUGAUGCUACAAGAUCAGUACCGUGCCUUGAUGCAGUAUAGUAUACCAAAAGAUAAUCAUUCCGAUAAACCACCAUCAAAAAAUACUCAAGAUUGGCACUGUGUUAAGUGCGGAGCUCAUAAUUUCAAGAGACGAGAAACUUGUUUUAAAUGUUCAGCUUCAAGAGCUGAAAGUGAAGAAGGUGGGGAAGGAAGUGAUGAGAUAAGUCCACAUCCAACAAAUAUAGUUCUACUUCGUGGUCUAGAUGUUCUAACAACAGAAGAUUCGGUACUUCAAGCGAUGAAAAAUGCCUCAUCGAUGCCAAUUCGUAGUAUUCGCAUAGGCCGCGAUAGUUUAACUAAUACAUCACGAGGAGUCUGUUAUUUAGAAAUGAGUAAUGUCGUAGAUGCCAUGUAUUUGCACACUGCACUGACGAAACAAGGACUUUCAGUAGAUGGUAGAAAGGUUGAAGUAACUUACUGUAAACUUCACCAAAUAAAUCACACAGCCAUGUGGAAAUCUACUGAUAAUCAGCCACAGAGAUAUACGCUAGAUGAUGUUGCUCAAUUGGCUGAAUAUAGUGCCAAUAUGUACGCAAAAACUCCUGCUCAAAAAGCACAUUAUCUUCAGUACUACACGCAAUAUUAUCAGAAUCAAAUUAUGCAGGGUUCUUUAAUUACUUUACCAUCACUCAAUCAGACUGACAGAGUUAAUGCAGCAGCUGCAGUUGCUCAAUCAGCUAUUCAACAACUUCAAGCAUCUAAGAAGUUAAGUGAUGCCGAAGAAAUGAAAGGAAGACCAACUCCUACAGCACCAAAUAGCACAGCCUUAGCUAGUGGACGUGUUCCGGCUCAUGCAAGCGAUGGCAAAGUUUACUCUAUUCCUGAUGUCAGUACUUAUCACUAUGAUGAAACUUCUGGGUAUUAUUACGAUCCUAGUACUGGAUUGUAUUAUGAUUCGAAUUCACAAUAUUAUUAUAAUAGUCAUACACAACAAUUUCUGUAUUGGGAUGCUGAAUCAUUUUCUUAUCAACCAGCCAAGACAAAUGUUGGAGUUACGGGUGUAGCAGGAACUACAUCAUCCACAACAAUAACAACUGUAGACAAUGCCAGUACAUCGAAUGAUGCAAAUUCUUCUGUGAUGGGUGGCCAAGAGACUUCAAAAGACGAAGAUAGCAAGAAAAAAGACAGUAAACAAGACAAAGUAAAAGUAGCUAAAAAAAUAGCAAAAGACAUGGAACGUUGGGCAAAGACGUUGAACCAAAAGAAAGAAAAUGCAAAGAGUAAUUGGACCUCGGAAUCUUUAAGUAAUGAAAAUUAUCAAGGUUUUGGAAGUGGAGCAGCUGAUGCUGGCUAUGCUAUUCUAGAAAAGAAAACAGUUGCUUCUUAUCAUGAAGAAGAGGAUCCAGGAAAUAACAAUGGAUUAGUAGCAGCUUACGGAGGAGGUAGUGAUACUGAUGAAGAAAUUGAAGACGUUCAACAAGAAGAACGCCAGCAUACAGACUGGAUAAAGCUUGCCUGUUUAUUAUGUAAACGCCAAUUUCCAAGUAAAGAAGCCUUACUUCGCCAUCAACAAUUGUCUGAUUUACAUAAACAAAAUCUUGAACAAUGGUAUCAAGUACGGGGUUUAGAUCCUAAUGAUCCUCAACAAAGAAAUAAUAAAUAUCGAGAUCGUGCUAAAGAGCGAAGAGCUAAGUAUGGCGAACCUGAUCCACCACAACCUAAUAAAUUGAAAGAAAAAUAUUUAAAGACCCGUACGGAAGAAUCAGUAACACCUUAUGAAGAACCAACUAGAGCGGGAAUUGGAUCUGACAAUGUUGGAAAUAAAUUGUUACAAAAAAUGGGCUGGAGUGAAGGUAUGGGUUUAGGAAAAACUAAUCAAGGCCGUACAAGUAUUAUAGAAGCUGAAAGAAGAGUUUCUACAGCUGGUCUUGGAGCUAAAACAUCAUCUUAUAAUGCCCUACCUGGAGAUACGUAUAAAGAUUGCGUGAAAAAAAUGAUGUAUGCUCGUUAUCAGGAAUUAUCUGAUACGUAAUAUAAUUUUAAUCUUUAAACUAAGCUCAGUAAUUACUACCUAGGUAUAUCAAUUUGUAUUUUUCAUAGAAAUAUGCAGGUAUAACAAUUUAUUAAUUAUUUUUUAUCGAUUGAAUUAGAUAAAAAAUUUUCAAAAUCACGAUUUUUUGAAUUUCUUAAAAAAUACUUUUUCAUACUUAGUCUUAUUUAGGCAGCACUUUAUUUGACAAACUAUAUAAUUUUUCAUAUAAAUAAUGUAUUAUGAUAAAACUACUUCUAUUCAAAGUCAAUGAUUUUGAAAUUCAUUUUCUAAAUUUCUUAUUUUUUUAUCUAUUUAUAAUUUACAAUAUGUUACCACCAAUAAUAUCGAUAGUAUAAAAAAUAAUUGUUUUGUGUCAAUACCAAGUAUUUAUUUGGUACAUAAUAAUGAAGCAUUUUACAUCGCAAGAUUUCUAUUAGCUGCCGAAACAAUACAUCGUGAAUGACUAAAUUUUCAAUGUUUUUCGAUAGUUGUAUAUAAGAAAAAAGAAAAGCUUUAUCUAUUGAAGUAAUAAACAUGAUAAUUGCAACUGAUGAAUGAAAUGAUAAAUAGUUAAUUCAUGAAUACAUUUCAACUAAAAUUGGUAUUCAUCUAUUGGAAUGUAUCACAAUAAUUCAUGAAAUCUUCGUUUGCAUCAUAAUGUAAUCAUUGUCGUAAUAAAUAAAAUAUUAAUAUACAACU